AGGUGUCUGCUGUAAUUUAAAAUGUAACGUAAAUUUUAAAAUUUUGUUGCUAAAUUUCUGUGUAGGUUUUAGUAAAAAUUACCGUACUUUCUCGCCUAAUUCAACUUAUUUUCAAACAAUCGAAAAAUGACUGAAUCAGCAGCGAAUGUGCAUUUCGUGGUUAAUUUAUCUGGCAUCCGGUUGGCGCCCUAUGAAGUGGUCGCUGUGAUGGGCAAUCAAGAAGCACUCGGUAAGUGGGACGUACAAUCAGCGGCGCUCUUGAAACGCAGCAAAGAUGACUACAACGAGUGGUGUGGUUCGGUUGUGCUAUCACUUUACAAAUUGUUGCGCUAUCGCUAUUUCAUCGCCGCCGUAGACAAGGCAACUCAGCUAGUGCAGGCGCGUCGGUGGGAGAUACAAGAGCGCGCGCGUGAAGUCCAACUGUUAGAUGCGGAAGAGAAAUGUUACGAUAGGUUCGGCUACAUGUGUCCCAAUAAACCGAAGGUGCGUAAAGCUUGGCUUAAUACAGGACAUGCGGUACUUUUCAAAUUAUUCAGCAAUGCACUAGAGUUCAAAACUAACUUGCCUACAGUGCCGGAGGAGAAGGUGCGCAUCAAGUUGGAGCCUGUCAAUCCCGAUCUGAUGCUACCCAUACUGUCAUCUGCGCGCGCAUGUGCCCAAUACUCCAGUAUGCUUUAUGGUAGCAGCCAAAUGAAAGAUCAGCCUGAUUUGGGUGUGAUCUACAAUAACAACACGUUGCUAUUUCAAGUGUUAAUGGUGGACCAGGCUUUGGUAGGCUACAUGCUGAAGUUGUAUUUGUCGAAUGAGUCGACCGGUUGCGCGCAGCUUCUGGGUCAGCAGUAUAUACCGCCUGAGGCGGUGAACACCAGCGAAGGUCAAUUGACACUAAGUUUUUCUGGAAGCUGUAAUGGCGUGGAGUUGGCAAAAUUGAAAAUUCAAUACGUAGUCAUAAAUUCAAUGCCCGACUGGAAGGUGAAAUUGAAUACGUCCUUUUUACAAUACUGGCCAAAUCGUUGGAGAGGGCUGGACAUUGGACAUCGCGGCAUGGGACGCAGUUUCGUAGCUGAAACUCCAGCACCAGUCACCGAGAACACAUUGCGUUCUUUGAAUGCAGCGUUCAACGCAGGCGCGGACAUGGUGGAGUUCGAUGUGAUGCUAACCAGAGAUAUGGUGCCGAUCAUCUUUCACGAUUUUGAUGUACUCACAUGCAUUUCGGAAUCUGAAAAACCGGCUAGCAGCAAUGACCUCACCAUGAAACCAAUCAAAGACUUCACCUACCAUGAAUUACAGAAUUUAAAAACUUAUCAAAUCAUAAAUGACCAGAUUGUGGAGUAUCCCGCUCCUUGCUGCUUAAAUGAUGAAAGCGAGCGCCUGUUUCCCCGUCUCGAAGAGUUCUUCCGCAAAACUAGUCGUUUUCUUGGUUGUAACAUGGAAAUUAAGUGGCCUCAGGCGCUGUACAAUGGCGGUAUUGAGGGCAUACAGACCAUCGAUAAGAACAUGUACGUAGAUGCCAUAUUGCGUGUCGUAAAGGAAGCCAGUUGGGGAAGAGUGUGCUGCUUUAGUUCCUUUGAUGCGGAUAUUUGCAUUAUGUUGCGCUACAAACAAAAUAUCUACCCAGUAUUCCUAUUGGUGUCGAAUGUUGUACCUGAAUACUUGGACCCACGCACACAUUGCCUACAUCCCGCUGUAAAUACAGCGCAGGCAUUCGAUUUAAAUGGCGUUGUGCUGGCUGUAAGUAUUCUAAAAACUCAUCCAGACGCGGUAGCUUUGGCAAAUCGUCAAAAUAAGUGGGUUUUGCUAUGGUGUGAUGAGUUGCGCGAUCGUACAUCUAUUGAUUGGUACAAAAAGCAGGGCGUGCAUGGCGUGAUUUACGAUCGAAUUGAAACGAUCGUGUGUAGUGGUAAGCGAAACAGAUUCGAAAUGGAUGAAAGAUUGCAGAAGCUAUUCCAUCUACAACUGAGCUGAGGUUGCCGUUGAGCAUUUUCUUUUACUUUCGUUCUGAUGAUUGGGAUCUGAUAGCUUGUUUUAUAAAUUAAUGUGUGAAAUUAAACUGAUUUAUAAUAAUAAUAUGAUGAAUAAUUACCGGCUAAAAACGUCUAAUUUGUUUCAA